AUGAAGACUGUGAUUCGAUAAACACACAUCUUGAUUCUACAUUAUGUUAAUCACACCAUACUACUAGUUCCACUGACUGUUCAUCAUUUAAACAUGACUGUAUAUUAUUAGAUUAUUGGACAGUCCAUUCGUCAAAUAUUGAACAUUUAAAAAAUAUACUAUUGACUUCGCUUGCCAGUGAUCCUGGGAAUCUGUCAUUGGAUUGACCUAAAAAUAGGAACAAGUACUAUUGGAAAAACCAAACUUACAAUUGCACUAUAAAGGACGAAUUAGGUUAAAAUAAGUCGAUACCUACUUUGGAGAAACGUCGAAAGAAGUGGAAGGUAUAAAGGAAUUGAAAUACGGGACAGAAGUAAAGAGACUGACAAAAAAGAAAAUGGAUGCAUUAGGGGUAUAUGAAGUGGGAGAAGGCGCGUCCGACCGGCCUAAGGCGUCGACUUGCGAUUACUUCAGAGAAAACAGUGCGAACGCAGAAAGGUAAAAGGUGGAGCAUAAAAACUUGCUUGCGAAUAACACAAAUCCUUUUGUUGGAAUAAACAUGGAAAAUGAUGGGUACACUUCGGCUUCCGUAACUUCCUCGAGACAAACGGUCGCCGAAAACCGUGAGGAAUGGACAUGUAGACGUGCGUGUUUGGUUAUAGCAGUGAGCGCCGUUAUAGGAUGUCUGCUGUCAUGGACCGUUCUUAUACCAGUUUUCUACAUGAGCAGAUCGUCCGCUUCUGCCGAGCCUAUCUUAAAUUCGUCGGUCAAUGAAAUGACAGCUUUGCAGAAGCCCUGGUAUGAACCAUAUACGGACAAUGCAGAUCAUAGCAAACCAAUCGGAAGAUUUGUCCUCGAUCAGCAGACAUUGAUGGACAGUGGUUUCCUACGAUGGAAGGGAUCGGAGCAGACAGUAGGCUCCCGCGUGCUGCCGAGCCCGAACGAAUCCUGUGUGGUAGCGCCGGAAGCCGGACUCUACAGGGUAUACUCACAGAUCACUUUCGCAUUUGACGGGCGGACACACCGGUCCGAGGUUGCGCACAGCGUCCUAGUGCGAACGGGUGAUGACGAGUACAUGGUGCAGAAAAAGUUAAUCAGCGUUCCUUUCAGAGACCCCAAACUUUCGAAGCGCCAUCAGACAAUGGACCCCAGUAACCUCAUAACGUCCGCGAAAGUCGCCACCGACGACCGCAUUUGCAUAUUGGUCAGCCCGGUGGGUCUUGUGUACAAGUCACAGGUAGACAACGUACUUAUGGUAGUGAAAGAAGGUUGAAAAGAGGUUUUCGUUGGUACCGAGCCUUUUAGCACAGGAAAAGAACUGGUUGUGUUGCUACGUGACGCCUUCGCAUGGAAGGUGGGCAAAAGGCGGCGGAAGUUCCGCACUAUGUUACUGCUAUGUUCAGUCACGUUUUGAAACAGUGUUCAAUAUUUCACGGGUCCAUCUCAGCACAAUUUGAUGACACCGUUAGUGUAUUCUUUUAAAGUAAAAUAAACUACGAGUUUGGUGUUAAAGUAGGCUGAGCAAUCGCAAGUGAAAAACACACAUUAUACACACGCUUAUUUAUAUACAUUUAACACGAAACACCUUUCCUGGGUAAAUACUCGAUCCUCAACUUUUUGGAGCAUUUACUUUAUACAAAUAUUGCUCCCUUUAUUUAUUGGGAUUCACUAUAUUGCAUUUAUCGGUAUCUAUUCUAAGCAGAUCUACCUCAUGUUUUUAUAUUUGAUUUUUUGUAAAAUUUACUUUUUAUUUUUUGUAUAAAUCUGUUUUAUUUCUAUACCUUGAUCAUUAUAGUUGAACAAUAAUUUAUAUACUCGAUAACUGUUGUUGUUAUUUUUUUGUCUUAUUUAAGAAAACUUUCCUUAUUACAUACAUGAAUAUAUAAAAAAAAACAUGUUAGCUUUAUUUUUUACGGCAUUGUAAGAAAUCUUCGUUUUAAAUAAGGCCAUGACAUUGUAAGAAAUGAUUGUAUUAACAAAGGCCAUGACAUUGUAAGAAAUGAUUGUAUUAACAAAGGCCAUGACAUUGUAAGAAAUGUUUGUAUUAACAAAGGCCGUGACAUUGUAAGAAAUCUUUGUUUUAACAAAGGCCAUGAGAAAUGUUUGUUUUAACAAAGGCCAUGACAUUGUAAGAAAUGAUUGUAUUAACAAAGGCCAUGACAUUGUAAGAAAUGUUUGUAUUAACAAAGGCCAUGACAUUGUAAGAAAUGUUUGUUUUAACAAAGGCCAUGACAUUGUAAGAAAUGUUUGUAUUAACAAAGGCCAUGACAUUGUAAGAAAUCUUUGUAAUAACAAAGGCCAUGACAUUGUGAGAAAUCUUUUUAUCACAUGCUACACCUUGUUUCCGGUUUAAUAUAACCAUCACGUAUUUUUUUAUAUUACACAUGUGUAAUAUAACAUUGCUCUUCAUCUAUUGGUCAGAAAAUAUAUCGCUCCGCAUUUAUAUAAAAAGUUAAUUGGCAAAAAGGAACUGCUAAUUGGUAAUAUUCCUGUAUACCAAACCUUCAAUUCUUAUUUUAUUUCUAUAAUAAAUAUUUGUUUUGUUAGAGUAGUUGAAUUUCUUUCUAAAUAUUAAGAGGAUAACAAAGUAUGUCGUCUUGAUAUCUUGAAAAAGCAAAUUUAGAAGCGUCCAAAAUUUAGUUUAUUUUAACCGAAAAUGAACAUAAACAUUAUGACGUCACAUCUACUAGAUGACGUCAUGAUGUUUAUGUUCACUUCCGGUAUAACAGAAAGAAAGAUUUCGUUAAAAUUAAAGUGUUUACAGUGUGAUUUUUACUGGAUAUCAUCUGAGAAUGCAUUCUUAAAUAAACGGAAUUAAAACGA